CUGUAUUGAAGAGACAACCCCCCACGCCACGAAUACAAUAUAAAGAGAAGCCACCAUCUCAACAGCAUAGUAAUCUUGAAGGUACUUGAACUUAAAUCCAACAUGUAUGCUGCUAUUGUGGUGUUCUUUGCGAGUAUUGUGGGAGUUAAUUCUUUGUCCAUACACAAAAGAUCAUGCUCAGUAACCAUUGACUCAGACUUUGCAGUUAAUAAGUUUCUAGGUGACUGGUAUAUGCUUAAAAGAAAACCUACAGGCGCAAAGAAGAUUUCUGUUGAUAAGUAUGCAUGGCACGUAACAAAAGGAACCGGAAAUACUCUCAACAUUAGACAGACAGGAAGACUGACAAUUGAGGGAGUUUACAGACCAUGCUUCAACAAGACGGCAACUCUCACUCCGGGCGUUAAUAAUGGUGAAUUUCUCUGGAGGUCGAACACAGCUGUUUCCAGGGCUGACAUUGAGGUUAUAAAGAUAGACGAGGGUCUAGCCUAUAUUGACAUGUGUGUCCCCAGUAAGUCCCGGGGGAAGUGCGGGAGUUUUGUGUUAUCACGUGACGACAGUCCGAGCGAACAGGAAGUUCGGACGAUGGACGCCGGCAUCAACUCAGAACUGUGUGAAGAUAGCUCCAAGUUUGAAAAUCUAAUAAAACCGGACGUCGAGAGUAAUAUGUCCAUAGUUUGGAGCCUGACCCAAUUGUUCACUGUCAUCAUAGGAUUGUAAAUAGUUUGUUUUAUGACCAUAUCAUGUUGUUCUUCAUUCACUGUUUUGUUAUUUAUAUUUUCUAUUUAUUAUAUUUAAUAAAUUCUUAUUGAU